UGCAUGUUCAAAUAAUUUCGUUUUCAUAAUUAUUGCAUGCAAUCUCAAAUGCUUAAUUUUCUUGCAGAAGUAACAAGACUUUCUCUCUCAACUUUUCCAGAAAAAAUAUGAGUGAAAGAAACUGAAGUUUCACCAAGUUUUAAGAAAGUAUAAUCAUGCCCUUCAUAGGGUAUUCGAAGGCGGACAAUGAUCCGAAAAAGCAGGGGAUGUACAACUAUGCUUGGAAGUCUAACUCUGGAUUUACCAAAUCAAACAUUUUAAACCAAAACUUGGUUGCUUCAAGACCGAAAAAGCGCAAAAGUUCAAUUUUUCUACAGUCACCAUGGCACAAAGUAUAUCUGCAAGGUUCAGAAUUAUGUCACAGCAUCAGUAUUUCAGAAAAAGAGUGGAGCCUUGCGACAAAUAUGCUAUGUGAGAAGGUACCAAUACUCUUAUAUAUCUUAUCUUUAAAUAAACAGAUAUUUGACUUUGUUAUUGGUACCGUCGUCGAUGAUAAGGUCGGUCCAUAUGAGGCGAAAUCUCCUUCAGAGAGGAGGCUUGUUUUAUCCACACAUCUUAUGCAACAGCUUCUCCAACCAGCACCAGCGUUUGUUUUCUUGGGCGAAAACGCAGCUCUCAACUACGAAAUCGUGCUUUACUUUAUGUCAAGAUUGACCCUCGCUGAUUCAUGUUCUCUCAAAUGUCGAUCGGAUUUGGAGAAGAGCAGAAAACAUGUUUUGUCCAGUCGUCAAACUUCGAAGACAGCUAGUGAUCAACAGUUUUCUUCACUCGUUAAUGCUUCCAUGGAGAAAAUACAUAAGCUUGAAAGUGACUUCAAGAGCUUGGAGAGGACUACAUCGAUAUUAGACAUCAUCUUCGAAAUCCAAGAUCUCGAAAGAUUCUCUGUGAUAAACCAUCUCGGCAAGUUUCAUAACCGCGCAAAGACCAUUACAAGACCUAUUCCGCAGAGAUACGUUGUUGGGAUACAAAUGCCAACGAACCUGCCCGAGCCACUACAUUGUCUUCCACUGUGAUCAUCAGAUUUUUGGGGGAAGAAAAUGAUGUGUAUAUCCAUCAGAGAUUCUUAAGGGAAUCAGAAAAAUAAUCUUUAGUAUAUAGUUUUGACUACUUAUAUAUGUAAUGUACUCUAUCAUCUGUAAAUUAGACUAAUGUUAUGUAACUCUUUGAUAUAUAUA